GUCGGUGGAGCCGGCUCCAGGAUGCCCCGGGGGUGUGGAUGACCAGCCGCCCAGCCCGGAUGCCGCCGCCCCGCGAGGGCCGCUCCCCGAGGGCCGCCGGUGGCCCCGCGCCCUAGCCUCCUGACCCGGGGACCCCGCGCGCCCCGGCCGCCUAGGGGAGCGGGAGCCACGGGAAGGAGCCUCCCGAGCCCGCCGAGCGAGCGGCCACGGCGCAGGGACCCGGGGGCAGGAGCUCGGCGCCGGCCGCCAACAUUUUCCCCCAGCGGCUCGGCAAAAUGACCAGCCUGUUCCGCCGGAGCAGCAGCGGCGGCGGGGGCGGCGGGGGCGGCGGCUCCGCCGGGGCGCGCGGGGCCGGGGGCGGCGCGCCCGCCUCGCAGGAGCUCAACAACAGCCGGCCCGCCCGCCAGGUGCGCCGCCUCGAGUUCAACCAGGCCAUGGACGACUUCAAGACCAUGUUUCCCAACAUGGAUUACGACAUCAUCGAGUGCGUGCUGCGCGCCAACAGCGGCGCCGUGGACGCCACCAUCGACCAGCUGCUGCAGAUGAACCUGGAGGGCGGUGGCGGCAGCGUCUACGAGGACAGCUCCGACUCGGAGGACAGCAUCCCCCCGGAGAUCUUGGAGAGGACUUUGGAACCUGAUAGCUCCGAUGAAGAACCCCCGCCUGUAUACUCCCCGCCAGCCUACCACAUGCACAUGUUCGACAGGCCUUACCCGCUGGCUCCCCCCACCCCACCUCCCCGCAUCGAUGUGCUGAGCUCCGGACCUGCUUCGAGCCAGAGGCGCUAUCGUAACUGGAACCCACCACUGCUGGGCAACCUCCCGGAUGACUUUCUCCGCAUCCUGCCCCAGCAGCUGGACAGCAUUCAGGGUAACACUGGGGGCUCCAAGCCCACGAGCGGAGAGAGAGGCCUGCCCUCCGUGGCUGGGCCCGGGUCCCGGGACCAGGAGAACCGCUGGAAGCAGUACCUGGAGGACGAGAGGAUCGCGCUCUUCCUGCAGAACGAGGAGUUCAUGAAGGAGCUGCAGCGCAACCGGGACUUCCUCCUGGCGCUGGAGAGAGAUCGUUUGAAAUACGAGUCCCAGAAAUCCAAAUCCAACAGCAGCAGCAGCAGCAGCAACAGCGUGGCUGUGGGAAAUGACUUUGGCUUUCCCUCUCCUGCCCCAGGAACCAGUGACGCCAAUCCUGCUGUGUCUGAAGAUGCCUUAUUCAGGGACAAGUUAAAACACAUGGGAAAAUGCUGGGAGCUGCGGUGUCAACGGCUAAUCUGCUGGACGACGUGGAGGGUCACACUUGUGAUGAAGACUUCCGGGGAAGGCGUCAGGACGCACCCAAGAUGGAGGAAGCCCUACGGGAAGGACAGUAAGAGAUGCCAGCAGUUCCUCCUCACCGGACAAGAUCUGACCUGGCAGAGGCGGCUGGAGAGCAAAACCGGCCUCCAGCUGAAGGGCCCAGCUGCAGCCGGACAGAUGGUGCUUGAGUACUGAGGCCUCCUGAUUCUCCGGCCCCAGUCCAGCCCAGCCACUGCCACUGCCACUGCCACUUUCACGGGACUUAGAACUUUGGAGUUUUGUGCUGUGAUUGGAGGAAGGACCUGGGGCCCCUAGGGGCAGCAGCCAAUCAUGGCCCCUUUUGUAGCCUGGCUGUUCUAUGGGCAAUGAGCAGAAAUGCAGGAACCACCAUCAACUUGACCCCCCCACCCACCUUGUUUAAAAAAAUCCCGGAAAAUAGGCAAAGGUGGGGGUGCCCAAGAGGGCAGGAUGGUGAAGGCCCGAAGGCAGAACCCCUGCCUCUCUCCUUUCCCCAUCUCUCCUUCUGGGCAGCAGACACUGCCCGACACCCCCCCCCCCCAUUCCCAUCCUCAGCUCCCUCCUGGGCACCUUGGGCCCUUGAUUCCCAUGAUUUCCUGCAUCCCAGCCGUUUCCCCAGGGCUGCUGACCCUUGGUACCAUCCCUGCACAGAUCCGUGGGUAGGAGAGCCCUGGGCAGUCACUCAGGCUCCCUCUGAGUAGUUACGGGCCACCGCAGAGAGGUAUCUACUGACCGCCCCUCCGGCUGCCCCUGGGGUUUGCAUGGGCCCCCAGGAGGGACGGGGAGGGUGGCCCCCAGGGAGCUGGAGGACUCUGGCCAGGCAGGAGGAUUCUUUACUGUGGCAGGAGACAAAAACCAAUUCUGGAUGGGAACUGGGGAGGCGGGGGAGGGGGGGGGGCGCGGUUCACGGGGGGGGGGGGGGCCCUGAGCAGAAGUCCUGCUGUCACUAAGGGUGGGCAGCAGCAGGUUCUGAAGUGAUCCUUGAGAAAGUGCAGGACUGAGGAGCGUGAGGGAUGAGGCUGCCAGCCUGGGUGGGGGCGGGGCGCCUGGGGCAGAAGGGCUUGCUGGGCGUCUCUUGCCUAGAACAAGAAGGUGAAUGAUCCGAGGAGGCACACUCCGGUUCUACGAGCCUUACCGGGCACCGACCACUGCCAGUGGGAGGGUGGCUGGCCCGGUCUCUCCGGCCAGACUUCGAGACGGGAACGCGCUGACCUCUCCGGAGAACCCGGGAGCCUGGGCAGGCACGAGGCGUCGCGGCCCCCGCAGUGGAGAACCAACCAGCCCAGCCCAACCGCGCGGGGUGGGGAGGUUGGAAGUGGGAGCCAAGCCUCGGCGGGGCCCUGGUGGCCGCAAGUCGCCCCUAGAUAGUGAGGACUUGGCGGGCGCGAUCGCACCUCCUUCCGCCGAGGCCGGGCGCACUCGGUGGCCCAGCUUUCCCGGCGCGCUCCGAAGAGGCGGCCCCCGGAGGACGUGGGGGUGGGGAUCGGGACGCGCAGCGCCGCCGCGGAGCCCAAGUUUGGCACCCGCGCGGGGCCUAGGGCGCUGGCGCGGGGCCGCCCGCCCUCUGCUGCUCCCUGCGACCCGCCUGUGGCCCCCGAGGAGCCCCUGGGCCGCCAGCCCGAGCUCCGAACAGCCUGGGCCCGGGGGGCAGAGAAGGGGCCUCUGGGCUGUGGCCGUGACCCUCCCGGCGCAUGGCGGGGAAGCCCCAGCCCCACGUCUGUGUGUGUUGCUUUGUUAGUUGUUUUUUCUCCUAUGUGUGGGUUUUUUCUUGGAGCUGUUUCAUAGGAAUUCCUGUAAUAAAGACUUGGUGUUCUCUUGGUGCUCUGAUGUGGCCGGCAGUGUGGGCUGGACCCUUCCUCCUCUCUUCUUGUCCUGGGCAGGGUUUGGCCCCUGGAGCCCCGCCUUGCCCCCGAGGGUCACCUGCCUCAGU